CUGUAGCUGAAAAGCAUGCACUGAAGGAUCGUCACUAACGGGGGCUUGUAAGAACCUUGACAUGGAGGAAAGGGUAAUAUAAGCAACUGUCAUCUCCGCUAGUAAGAAUAUUAAUUUUCGGAUCCAAAAAAUACAGUGGUCUGAUCAGUUCUGUACUAGUUAACGUUAGCGAGCGAAGUAUCCAUCGUACUUACAAGUUAGCUACGUUAGCACUAGCCAGUGAAAUGUCAAUGUUACGUGUUUCAGAUUGUUUCACUGAUAUGCAUUGAUAGAGUAAUAUAUAAUAGAAUGCUGUCUAGUCAGCCGUUUAAAACACGGUGAAAUGCUAGGUAUGUAGUUAAUAGAACCCAGUGGUCCUUCGCCUUUAUUGAAUCGAGCUUCAGCCAGUUGAGAACGUGAAGUUAGCUGUUGAUCUGACCUAACCUUGCGUCACUGUUUUAAUCUUCAUAGUUACGAAGUGACAUUGGGAAUCUGAUAUCCAUUGUCACAGAUUUAGAUAAUAUAAUUUGCAUAUUAACUGCCACUGAUUGUUAAACCAGCUAGUUAAUCUUGGCGGAAAGGUAUUAACCUCGUGACUGAGAUGCAUGUGGUGUUUCUUCAGUAAUAGCUAACCAACUAUUUUAUACCUCUGAUACUGAGAGAUUAUCACUCGUAGAGUGGUUGGUGGUCAGGCAGUUUGACGUAAUAUUGGUCAAGAUCAGUUUGUCGUAAGUAGAUUCGUGAUACGUUACGCAAUUGGUGGCACCUUGCACAUAUCCGUGGUCAAACAUGUUUCCGUCCAUGCAACGCCGCCCAAUCUGCGAUAUUGGUGUCCGCGCAGUCCGGCUACAGAACUUGACCAGACACUUACGUGAGGGUCCAGUCAGUGGCAAUGGCAAGAACAACGCCAAACCCGGAACUGCAGCAUGGCUUGGCAAACGUGUGGGCCUGGCGCUCGCAUGGCUUCAAAGAGCCGCAGAGGGUCCAGCUGAGGCGACCUCAAAGAAGAAAAAGGAGGGCAUGAUGUCAAUUUUUGCCAAUCACUGUAGUUUUGUCACGGGCCAGAGGCUUCGGCGCGCCUAUCAGAUUGGAGAAUUGUACUCCAACUUGUACUCCGAGCGCACCAGGUGGACGCUUGUGGGCAGCAUAUGGCGCCGCUUGCAGAGCAAAAGUGCUCCAACUAGGAAACUGCUCGCCGCCCUGGCGGGCGUGUUCAUGUGGGAAGAGGAGAAGAUUCGAGAUGAUGAGCUUCGGAGGUGUGCUUGGGAGCUCCAGGCACUGGAAGCGGUCAAGAGUCAGCCUUCAACUCCAGACAAAUUUGCUGGGCAGACGGAUGCUGGCUGGGAGGUUGUCAUUGAGAAAAAGACCUUCAGAGUGUGGAGGAGACCCAUUGAGGGCAGCCAUCUGUUUGAGUACCGAGUAUUUGGCACCUACAAUGAUAUCACCCCUAGGCAGUUCUUCAAUGUCCAGUUGGACACAGAGUACAGGAAAAACUGGGAUGCUCUGGUUAUCAAACUGGAAGUUGUGGACAGGGAUGCCAACACAGGGUCCGAGGUGGUCCAUUGGGCAACACAAUUUCCGUAUCCUAUGUAUUCGAGGGACUAUGUGUAUGUUCGUCGCUACAACGUGGAUGUGGAGAAUAACCUGAUGGUCCUAGUUUCAAGAGCUGUGGAGCAUCCCAGCCUCCCCGAGACCCAAGACUUUGUCCGUGUGCAGUCCUACCAAUCCCGGAUGGUGAUCCGGCCCCAUCGCUCCUUUGAUGAGAACGGCUUUGAUUAUCUGCUCACCUACAGUGACGACCCCCAGACAGUGUUUCCACGAUACUGUGUGAGCUGGAUGGUUUCCAGCGGCAUGCCCGACUUCUUGGAUAAGCUCCACAAUGCUGCCGUGCAGGCCAAGAAUCUUGAAGUGGGCAUCCACGAUUACGUUGGCGUCAUCAAGUCAACCGCACCCAACCAAGAGCGAGUGGGCGGAGACAACACACACAACCUCGGAGGCCAAGGUCAGAUCUACGCCUGAAGUGGCCGCAGAAGGGAAUAGACUUUUGGAGGAAACCUUAGCACUGUCCCCUUCACCACCCUUGACGUCAAACACUUAAAAGGUUACUGAAUGGAGUUAACAUCAGCCAUGCAUUCUUCUCAGCCCCCUGUGAAAAAAAGUUUCCUCCCAUAAAAGACAAGAUUAUAUCUGCAUGUGUUUUCGUGGUCGUUUGCUUUUUUUGUUGCUUUUUUCACUCUUUGAGGCCUGGAGAAGCCAACCGAAGGACAGCUGUAUUACUUUGUGCUUGCCCAGAGAUUUGCCACUGGAUCCCUAGUGUGUCUCUCUCUCAGUGGCAGGAAUAUGAUCCUCUGGAAGGGAGAGAUUGAUCUCCUUAGGUCUCUGGCUCUCAACAAGCGCAGCAGAGCUGAGCCAGAUAUUCUUCCCUUGACUGUCAGUCUUGCCAUGGCCAAAGCUGAGACUCGUUCUCCCCCCACCCCCCCACCCCCUCCGACGACUUCUCUGUGUGUGUGUGUGUGUGCCCGUCUGUCUGUCCAGAAACUCUUGUCUUUAAAUUGAAUCUCCUUUGAGCACGAAAUGGUUAUCCUGCAAUGCCCUCUGUGUUAGAUCACUCCAUCUCAAACAACCUCAGUCAAGAUUUUCAACACUCUUCCUCUUCGAGAGGUUCUGGUUGGAUGGAAUAAAAAUAUGCAUACUUACCAACACUGAGCACUGCUCUUGCCUCAAACAGAAUGCAAGGGCUACGUCUGGCUGCCUCUUGCAAACCUUCAUCUCACACUUAUCUUUGCCUGAGACUGUGAAUGUCUGUUUUUUCUUUGUUUUUUUGUUGUUUUUUUGCUUAAAAAGCUUUGGGGAAAAAAGAUAACACGACUGCCACUUUGAGCCAAACAGCCUUCAGAAAGAUAACCAAUCCUCCACAUGCUAACAAGGGAGGGCGUGUCUUAUGGCAACCACUAGCAGUAUCAUCAAUUGGAGAAGUUGCUUGUGGAUUCAGGAGCUUUUUUUGCGUGAAGCUCUGCUGCCCUGUGUUGUGCUCUCUCGUCUUCGAGACCGUGAAUCUGUUCUUUCGGUGCAGACAGCAAAUUAAGUCCGGUGACAUCCAGUUCUCGUCCACGAAGGUUCUUCCAGACCUCUUUUACGGAACACUACACUGGUCCCCCUACCAAGAACAGGACUUGUGCCAAGAUAGCACUGCCUCUCGUGUUUUUCUUGCCUGUUUACUAUAAACACCACAUAUGCUAAGCUGCUGCAUUUCCACCAAAGCAUGACCUUCACAAAGGGAAUGGCGACAGGUGCACACCUCUUACUCCUGUAUAUCUGGAAUUGCCUGGAGAAUGGGAGUGGUGAAUGGGUAUGUUUUCAGUCUGACGUUGUGUAAUUAAUGCGUACUGAAGAAUAACCAAUGUGCUCUAAAAUGUGUUGGAAGAUUAACAGUCUAGUUAUCUUGAUUAGCACCCUGAUGAUCCUUCCUCAAAAGGUACCAUAAUUAUUUGAGAAGGGGAGUGUGCGUGUGUGUGUGUGGUGUUGUGUUUUUUGGAAGUGGUUGUAAAGACGGAACAUUUAAAUUCAUGUGUUCAUUAAUGUUGAUCUGGUCUGUAACAUGGCUUGCUAGCACUCUCCUGUUUGGACUUUUUUUUUUUUAAUGCAAAAUGUCUCUAAAUGGUUGUCAGGUUGAAGUUGUUGCAAACAAUUUGGGUGAAAUGUUAAACCUAAAUGACGCCACACUUACUUCACACGCAAGGAUUGAACUCACCGGUAUGGGUUAUAAAAUAUAAUAUAAUGCUUUGUUUUUGAUCUGGAAAGCUGUGGUAGGUUUGAGUUCAAAUGUAUCUCGGAAAUAUCACAAGUCAUCAAGACUUUGAGUAGACCAGAGGUCUAUAGACAUGUACAGUCUACCUUUGUUUUCUGGUGUCUUUCUCUUAGUGCACAGUUUGACCUAUGUCAAACUAAGGUUUUAGAGUUUCACAGAUUUUUUUUUCUCUCUUUCAUGUGCCGUCUGCUUUGUUUUGGAAGAUCUUUUCCCAUGCUGUUCUUGACUCUUCUGACCUGUGUGCCACUCCAUUUUUCAUGUUAUACCAAAAUAGCAAAAAUACGGUUUGUUCAUGUACAUGUUGUGAAAUAAUCAGUUUUUAUUUUUUCCAGCUUAAUCUGAAAAUCAGUUUCAUCAUAAUGGUGAUUUUGUGUCAUAUUUUUGUGUUAAGCAACUGCACUAUGGUUAUACUGUUUGCCUGUAGGAAACAUUUGUAGUGUUUUCCAUAGAGUAAGUUACAGCCUGUGCAACCUCAUUGAAUUCAAUAAUUAAUUCAUUGUUUUGUGUGUAGCUACUGCAUCAGGUCUGAAUAACCAGCAAUGCGUAUGUGUGCAGAUGCCUGGUGUUGAGACUUUUUUUUUUUCUUUACACAGUAUUUACUCCUGUUGAAAAUGUAGUAGAAAAUAUGAAGCAUUUUGCCAAAAGUGUUUUUGUUUUGGGGGGGAGGGGGUCAUAUACUCAUUUGUUGUCGUCUUUGUUCUGGUUUUGUUUUCGAUGAUUUUUGAGUUGAUGAUUUGGGGAAUAUUGUUCAUGGCAUUUUUUUUUUUCUUUCCUUUCUCAUCCAUCAGCACAGGGAGACAGUAGCAGUACACUUUCUUUAGUUUCUGAAAGAUAAACCUCAUAGGUUAUUGGUGUUGCUUUGUUGAUGGAGAAAGUUUGUUACUCCUAAACCUCCUAAAGUUAAGAUCUGCCUAAAGGAAAUGACAGGCAUUUGAAAAUAUGACAGUUGAUUAUAUUUAUAUAUAUUUCUGUCUCAUCUGUUUUCAAAUGGUGUUCACCUUGAGGUGUUCUCUUCUAAAAUAAAAUGGUGUGGUGUUGACUGAAUUGCUUCAGUAUUAUGUAACAUCACUCCCACCAGUAAGGGUUUACGGCCCAUGUAGUCUUUGCUGUUGAUAACUGCAUUCCUCAGUUGUGCUUGAAUCUAAUGGGAGUUGUCCUUAAUGCUGAACACUUUGCCACACGAAGUCUAAUGCUGCCUGUCUAAGUGGUGUUGGUCUCAAUACUGAUAUGAAAAGAUGAAGGCCUGUAAAGAUGAAUAUAUGUUGAGAAGAUGCUGGGUGCUUGCCACAUAUUAGACCGAGGAGAGUUUGAUCUAGCGAAGUCCUUCAUUUGUUGGUCAAACACUUCUGCCGUGGUUUGAGUGCUUGGUUAAGUUCAUACCUAAGAAUGUAAUGGCUUCAAGACUUCAAGAUGUUCUUUUUAUGAAAAUUGUAUUUACUCACCUACUACUAAUUCACAAGGUAGCUUGUUCAAUUAGCAACACUGUAUGCAGGUACAGGUACAUGAAUGGUCUCCGUGUGUGCGAAGUCCUUUUGCGAAAAUGUGUGUGAAUUGUUCAUGAAAUCUGUCUAACUGGUUACCUGAGAUGGUCAGAGAGAGUGGAUGGUACAACCAGUAACAUGAAUUGUUGCUAUAUGCGUUCUAGCGUCAAUGUUAAAAGGAGAGUUCUAAUAAAUACAAUAAAUCUUUUGAGUAAAAUGUC